UGAGAACAGGUGCGUCGAGCUCAGCGAGGAGUUAGCCAAUCAGAACGCAGAGUUCAUCCGCCGGCUGGAGUCUGAGGGCGGAGCGCUGCGAGGCAGACAGGAGGAGGUGGAGAAAGAAGAGCUGCUGCGAGAUGUGUUGGAAAAGGAGAAACUUCUAGAAGAAUGUCAGCGAGAGACGGAGGCUCUGAGAAAAGAGCUGGAGCGUCUGAAAGAGAACCUGCAGAGGAGAGAAGAAGAAGAGAGGGAGAACCUGCAGAGGAGAGGAGAAGAAGAGAGGGAGAACCUGCAGAGGAGAGGAGAAGAAGAGAAGGAGAACCUGCAAAGGAGAGAAGAAGAAGAGAAGGAGAACCUGCAAAGGAGAGGAGAAGAAGAGAAGGAGGAGGCCAAGGUGACAGUGGUGGAGGAGCUGAAGGAGGAGAUGCAGAGGCUGCAGGAGAGGAAGAGGAGGCAGGAGGAGGAGAAGAAGAGCCGGGAGUUUGAGGCUGUGAAGAAGGAGGUGGAGAGACUGAAGCAGAGAGACACACAG